AUGCUCUUUACUCUUUAUUUUUUUAAGGGGAACCGAUAAGAAGCAGCGCGCGCGCCAUUCAGUCAUCGUCGUGAAAGCUUCGUGAACGUGGUGGAGUUUGGAGCCUGAGCAGCAGCAUUUUUAGCGCUGCCAUUUAAUUGAAAAUUUCUUGUUGAUACGUUGCAACAAUAACAGCCUCGUCGUGUUGGCCACAAACAGCAAUCAAUACAAUUACAACGCUGGAGAACAACUGUUGGAUUUGGACACGACAGCCCUAAUGUCGUUGCCAAUGAAUUCGCUGUACUCGCUCACCUGGGGCGAUUAUGGCACGUCUCUGGUAUCGGCAAUACAAUUGUUGCGCUGCCAUGGCGACCUCGUCGAUUGCACGCUGGCCGCCGGUGGACGCAGUUUUCCGGCCCACAAAAUAGUGCUAUGUGCCGCUUCGCCGUUUCUAUUGGAUCUGCUAAAGAAUACGCCAUGCAAGCAUCCAGUUGUGAUGUUGGCGGGCGUGAAUGCCAGCGAUUUGGAGGCACUCUUGGAGUUUGUCUAUCGCGGUGAAGUGAGCGUCGAUCAUGCACAGCUUCCAUCGCUGUUGCAGGCGGCGCAAUGCCUCAACAUCCAGGGACUGGCACCGCAAACAGUGACCAAAGAUGACUACACCACGCACUCGAUACAACUGCAGCAUAUGAUUCCACAGCACCAUGAUCAGGACCAAUUGAUAGCGACCAUUGCAACGGCCCCACAGCAAACUGUGCACGCACAGGUUGUCGAGGACAUUCACCACCAGGGACAAAUUCUACAAGCCACCACACAGACAAAUGCCGCCGGACACCAGCAAACGAUUGUGACAACCGAUGCAUCAAAACAUGAUCAGGCCGUUAUACAAAGCUUCUUGCCCGCUCGCAAACGGAAACCGCGCGUUAAGAAAAUGUCACCCACGGCACCGAAAAUAUGUAAAAUUGAAGGAAUGGACACGAUUAUGGGCACAUCGACAUCCUCGCACGCAACAGCCGGACAAGGACAAGUGGUUCAACAGCAACAGGUGCUAGAUGAGAACGGUGCGGAAGCGCAAAUGUUGACAUCCACGCCGAUCAUCAAGAGUGAAGGCCAAAAAGUUGAAACAAUUGUGACCAUGGACCCCAACAAUAUGAUACCUGUGACGUCGGCCAAUGCGACAACCGGUGAAAUAACGACCGCAUCUGGAACAACUGUAACGCCAAGCGCCAGCGGAAGCACCGCCACGCCCAAGACCAAACGAACCAAACAUCCGCCUGGAACAGAAAAACCAAGAUCACGCUCACAAUCGGAACAACCUGCAACUUGCCCCAUUUGUUAUGCCGUCAUACGUCAAUCGCGCAAUCUGCGGCGCCAUCUCGAGCUGCGGCACUUUGCCAAGCCGGGCAUCAAAAAGGAAAAGAAAAGUAAGUCCGGUAACGGUAACGAUAGUACACUAGACACCAGCGCCGAAUUCAACACAACCACUGAGGGCGACACCACGAUCAUCUCGGGAGCGGGAACACCAGCAGCAGCUACAGGGACGCCAGUUAUACCCAGCGGCAAGAAACCUGGCAGCGGAACAUCUGGAUCUGGGCAAUCGCAAGCAGGCGCUACUGGCACAUUGAAUGCCAGCGGUGGCGUGCCUCAGGUGCAAACAGUGCAAUCUCUGCAUCCGUUGCAAGGCGUACAAGUGAAAAAGGAUCCCGAUGCACAACAGCAGCAACAACAGCAGCAGCAGCAACAACAACAGCAACAACAGCAGCAGCAACAGCAACAAACAAUGACAGUGACAACCACGGCCGGAGGUCAGGUGCAGCAGCAGCAGGUGCAACAGGUGCAAGUGCAACAGCAGCAGACGCUGCAGCAUCAUCAGAUCAUCGAUUCGUCGGGCAACAUGACAACGCCAACGACCAGUGCCCAGGCAGCUGCCCAGCAACAGGCAGCGAAUCAGCAGCAGCAGCAACAGUUGGUGGCACAGUCCGAUGGCAGCGAGAGUGGGGCGCCCUUGUCGAUUGCCCAGGUGCAAACGUUGCAGGGUCAUCAGAUCAUUGGCAAUUUGAAUCAGGUGAAUAUGACUGAUUUUCAACAACAACAACAAGCGCAGCAGCAGCAGCAGCAACAACAGCAGCAGCAGCAGCAACAACCAACACAACCACAACAGACGCUCUGAGUAGAGCAAACAAAAACCAAAAAGAAAAGCACGACGCACGCACCACUUUUGUUGACGUAGCGGACGGAUGCGUAGUUUCACUAUGCAACACCUAAAUCCCUGACUUGGUUAUAUACAAAACGCUUUUAUUCUCCCGGAUUGCGUGUAGUCCUAAUUUUUACUAUCAGAACUUGGCCAAAAGGUGUAAACUAACCAUUUAAUAGACUCUUUCCAAUUAAUUUUAUAUUUUUGAUUUUAAUAUUUAAACAGGAAAGAGUUUAUUGAUUGUAUAAUGAUACUUUCCUAAAGUCUUUAUUUUCAAUUUGGCUUAAUCCAAUGUUCUGUUGCGACUUUAGACACUUGUCAUUAGUUAGUUUACUCCAUUUGUCCUAUUUUAGUUUUUAUUACCAAUUUUGUUGUACAAUUCUGAAAAAUUGAAAUGUUGAUUUCGCUACGUUUAAUUUGUUUUCGCUAUAGUUUAACUUUAAGUACGCGCUAUGGUUAUUGGACUAUGUAAUUGUAAUUGUGCUGUAGUUUGCCCCCCAAAAAUAUCCACGUCCCAGACCCAAACCCAGAUUCCCUCUUCCUGUCUUUGUUAUGUGUAUGUAGACUUAAUUGAACAGGCUAGGCUAGGAUCAACCUAGUCAAAAACUUAAUAUGCAGAUCGUUGAGUGCUCAAAAAGUUGGGUUAAGACAGUUUGGCAGUGCUGCCAACUUGUUUUUCUGUGCAAUAGCUAAUCAUUCACUUUUGUGAAUAAAAACAAAACACUUUUAUUGUUUACUUUAAUUGAAGAAGGUUGAAUUUAAAUUUUUACCCUAAGCUUCUGUUUAGUGGACAAAAUCAUUUCAAUUACUUUCUCAAACUUUAGUUAAUCCCUAUUUUUGCCUGAUCUUUGCUAUGAUGAUUGCAAUCAAGCCACAGAUAUCUAUAUAAGCUUUAGUUCUUUCAUGCUUCCCUUUUUUGGGUCCUUGGCCAAAACAUCUUUUACGCUACACAGUACAAAACAUUUGUAGCCGCCAACUCUAAUUUUAUUUACAACUACAAAAAAAAAACACAAAAAAAAGAAACAAAAAUUAUAUAUAUUUACAUAAUUAUUUCUUAAUUUUAAUAGUUACAAAUUUUUUAAAUAAGUUGAUGUUCGAGUGGAUCGUUUAUUUGCACCAAAGCAAAUAUUUGAGCUGCUCGAAGAAAACGAAAACAAUUACCUUAACUCUUAUUACUUAAAUAAAAUUAAAUUUUAUUUAACUUGACAAAUAAAUGAAUAAACCAAAAAAUGUUGAAAAAAAUUUAUGAAAGUAUUUUCUGUUGAAUUUUCGGUGUUGGUUUUUUUUUAUCAUUCAUUCUUAUUGUUAAGUAAAUAAUUUAAAUCAUUUUUGUAAUAUUUUAAUAAGUUAAAGCUAUGUGUUUACUAACUGUAUUCAAUCUCUAUUAACUUAAUGUAUUUAUAAAAAAUUUGUUUUGGUUUUGAACUAAAUUUCCUAUAUAAUCCCAAACUGUUUGAACUCUACAUUGUGACUUACUGCACCAAACGCAUUUACAUGAAACUCACACACAAUCACUUACACUCACAAAACUUGUUAUAAAAUAGUUUCUUAAUAUCUGUUAUAAUUUGUAAGUCUGGAUUUUCUUCAAAAUUUCUUAAGAGACCCAACGGUAUCAGCGGAAAGUUGUAAUGAAUUUUCCAUACUAGUUUUCUUCAGUUCUUAUGUCGAAACUAUUUUAUGACUUGUUCGCAUUGUCCUUACACACACACACACAAGCUCACAUGAAACCCAUAACCAAAUCAUUAACGAAUUGUUUGUUUUUAUCUUGUCUUCUUCUCUCUUGUCGCUGCCUCGUUGUUAACAAUCACCAACUCUAACCUGAAAUGAAAUAUGUUAAUUAAUCGCCAACUCAUGCAUCCAUCGAAUCAAUCAAAUCAUAUCAAAAAAAAAAACAA